UUAUAAAAAUUGUACCAAAUGCUUUCAGACACAAAUCUAUAAUCGUCGCCCCUUGUAAAAAUGUCAGCAGCACAAUCAAAUAACACGAAAAACAUGCUACAAAAUGUGGAUAACAAUAGUAAAUCCAGUGACAGGACAGUUGAAAACAAUAAAAACAGAAGUUCGAGUGAUAAAAGUAAAAAAGUUGAAGGGCUCGUGAGUGGUAACAGUACGGUUAUAAAAGUGAAGAGUGCUAUCCCUAGACGUAGACAGGAUCUGCUAAAAUGGUACGGCUGGGGCUACAAAGACUCCAAGUUUCAACUGAUCAACGACAACGCCAUGUUUACUGGAGACAGAUACGCGAUCGGCGGAAAAGUCCUGCCAGACUUUUUAGAGUUUGCAGUCACCACAUUCGGAAUCGACGCUAAGACUCCGCCGAAGAUCCCUGAACUGCCCUCCAGCUACGCAGUCAGCCGUCUCCCGGCCACCGUGAGGCAGGAGUUGGAGGGAAUUGCAGUGGUCAGCGUGGAAGGAGUCGAUAGGUUCAUCAGGGCCCACGGACAGACUCUCAAGGAUAUGGUCAACUUGAGGCAAAACACCUUCAAAAGAAUACCUGAUGCUGUAAUAUGGCCGGAAACGCACGAACAGGUGGAAGCAAUAGUCCGGCUCGCGUCUCGGCAUCGCUUCGUGAUCAUUCCGUACGGCGGAGGCACGUCUGUCUCGGGAGCGGUGUCGUGUCCCGAGCGAGAGACCAGGCCCAUCGUGGCUCUUGACACCAGCGACAUGAACUCCAUCCUUUGGAUUGACAAGGAGCAACUCUUGGCUAGAGUUCAGGCUGGUAUAGUCGGGCAGGACUUGGAGCGGGAGAUGCGCACGCGCGGAUUCACGGUCGGCCACGAGCCCGACUCCUUUGAGUUCUCCACUCUUGGAGGCUGGGUGGCCACCCGCGCCAGCGGCAUGAAGAAGAAUACGUAUGGCAACAUUGAAGAUCUCAUCGUACAAACCAAAGUGGUGACGGCGCGCGGCGUGAUCGAAAAGAGCUGUCGCGUUCCCAGGAUAUCAUGUGGCCCGGAGUGGGAGCACGUGGUUAUGGGCUCUGAAGGAUGCUUCGGCGUCGUCACUGAGGUGACAAUAAAGAUCCGUCCGUUGCCGCCGGUGGUGCGCUACGGAUCGCUGGUGUUCCCCGACUGGGAGUCAGGGUUCCACUUCGAACGUGAGGUGGCUCGGCAGCGCCUGCAGCCCUCCAGUAUCCGACUCAUGGACAACGAACAGUUCCGUUUCGGCCUCGCACUAAAGACGGAGGCGACAUGGGGUGGCGUGCUUCUCGACGGGCUCAAGCGCCUGUACAUCACGCGGAUCAAGGGGUUCAACCCUCUGAAGCUGUGUGUGGUGACGCUGCUGAUGGAAGGCACGGCGGAAGAGGUGGCGGAGCGCCACAAGCGGCUCAACGACAUCGCCGCGCGCUGGGGCGGAGUCCCCGCCGGCGCCACCAACGGCGAGCGAGGAUACACGCUCACUUUCGUCAUCGCUUAUAUUCGAGACCUUGCACUAGAAUACGACGUAGUAGCGGAGUCGUUCGAAACUUCAGUCCCGUGGGACCGCACGCUCGCGCUUUGCACCAACGUGAAGCGGCGCGUGCGCGACGAGUGCACGUCCCGCGGCAUCGUGCACUACCUCGUGUCCUGCCGGCUGACGCAGACUUACGAUGCAGGGUGCUGUAUCUACUUCUACUUCGCGUUCAGCGGGCGUGAGUGCGACAACGCUCUCACAGUUUACGAAGAAAUCGAAGAAGCCGCACGGGAUGAAAUCAUCGCUUCCGGUGGUUCCAUAUCACAUCACCAUGGAGUUGGCAAGUUGAGAAAGAAAUGGUACAAAGACACAGUAAGCGAACCCGGUCAACAGUUACUUCUUGCCACCAAGAAAGCUCUAGAUCCAGACAAUAUAUUCGCACUUGGCAACAUGAUACUCGACGAAAGCAGUAGUAGUGAAGAUGGUAUACUCAAGAGUAAAUUAUAAGACACAGGGAGUGAAGUAAUUAAGACUCAAGAGUAAAUUAUAAGACAUAGGGAGUGAAGUAAUUAAGUCUGUAAGUUUUUACUUGUUAGGCCUGUUUUAUAUAAUUAGUUACCAAAAUUAUUGUGAUUCAUUAUUGGUGUAAAAAAUAAAAUAUUUGUAGUAUGAGGAUUUUCUAUAAAGGCAUGUUGAUACUACGAUCAAAUAAAAAAACAGCUUUUCUUAUGGGAAAUUAAUAAUUAGAUGUACAAUGUGAGUUGGUAAGUGCCCUUGAAGCACUGUUAGAUAUUUCAAUAUCUUGAAUGCAACAUGCAAAUUCGUGCACUUUACACCAUAAUACUUAGAUUAAGUUGUUAAUUUUAUUUUAUUUGGUAAUUUUUCAUUACGCAUAAUAAUUACUUAAUUUAUAUUCACCUGAUUAUUGUUACCACCUUUUUAAUUGUCCAGGUGAUGGUAAUACAAAAAAGCAUUUAUGAGUGUGACGGAUUAAAUAAAUUCAUUUAUUUAUCUCGAUUUUUGACUAAAUACAGUCUUUAAUUAGUAAUAAAGUUGUAUUGAAAUGGGAUAUGGUAAUAAAAAAAUAUUUUCUAGUCUAGGUAAAAUGUUUUUAUUAGGUUUAUUUGUCAAAAUAGAGAAAAUGAUUGUAUUUUAGUUACAGAUUGCUCAAUAUGUAGGUAGCUACUGCAUAGGAUGUUUAAAAUACUGAUUUGGAAGUGAUAAAAAAUCAUCUUAAUAAAGAAAGACUACAGAUACUUAUUAAAGAUUCUAACGUACUCUGACAUUCCUUUGAACGUCAAAUUAUUUUAUUAUUUAUAAGCUUUUAAGAGCACUAGGCCAUGUGACAAAUUAUUUGUAAUUUUUGACAAAUUAUGAUUAUACCAAAACAAUUGCCAAUAAACGUAUUUUAAGUAUAUUAAA